GCGGGGCUGCUUCCUACAGACUCGUUUGUUUGUGUGCGGUAGGCGGACUUGUUGGUUUCCGCAUGUAUAUUGAGUCCGGACGGGUUGAACGCUGUAAACUCACAACAAAACCCGCAACCAGUGCUUCUGUGAUGACUACCAGUACAACAAACUACCUGUGGUCUGUACAAGAUGUCCUCGGUCAGGGAGCCACUGCCAGCGUCUUCAAGGCUCGAAACAAGAGGUCGGGCGAGCUGGUAGCCGUCAAAGUGUUCAACGUGCUGAGCUACAACCGCCCCCAUGACGUCCAAAUGAGGGAGUUUGAGAUGCUCAGGAAGCUCAACCACAGCAACAUCGUCAGGCUGUUUGCUGUGGAGGAGUUGCCUACUAAGCAUAAAGUUCUGGUAAUGGAAUUCUGCUCCGGGGGAAGUCUGCUCAACCUCCUGGAGGAGCCAGAGAACGCCUUUGGGCUUCCUGAGACCGAGUUCCUCACCGUCCUUCAGUGCAUAGUUCAGGGGAUGAACCACCUGAGAGAAAACGGGGUGGUCCAUCGGGACAUAAAGCCGGGGAAUAUCAUGCGGCAGGUCGGAGAAGACGGGAAAUCUGUUUACAAACUGACAGACUUCGGAGCAGCAAGAGAACUGGAGGACGACGAGAAGUUUGUGUCUAUUUAUGGAACUGAAGAAUACCUGCAUCCAGACAUGUAUGAGCGAGCUGUGCUUCGAAAGCAUCACCAGAAGUCCUACGGCGUGAACGUGGACUUGUGGAGCAUCGGUGUGACUUUGUACCACUCCGCCACCGGGAGUCUCCCCUUCACCCCGUUUGAAGGACCCCGAAAGAACAAGCCCGUCAUGCACAAGAUCACUACAGAAAAGCCGACUCAGGCGAUAGCGGGUGUACAGCGGGUGGAAGGCGGGCCGAUCGAGUGGGGUUACCAUUUACCUCCCAGCUGCCAGCUCUCCAUGGGUCUGAAGGUGCUGCUGGUUCCAAUCCUUGCAGGUAUUAUGGAGGCAGAUCAGGAGAGAUGUUGGGGCUUUGACCAGUUCUUCACGGCCACCACAGAUAUUCUGCAGCGACAGCCAGUCCACCUCUUCUCAUUGCAGCAGGCGACGGCUCACAGUAUUUACAUGCACCAUUACAAGACAGUGUUGGUCUUCUUUGAAGAAGUAGCAUCACAGACUGGCAUCAGCAUACAACAACAACACCUGAUGUACCUGGGCCAUGACCUUCCCUUGGAAGAAAACAUGAAGGUGGUCAACCUUCCGUGUACGUCACCUUCCCAGCCUCUGAUCCUUCUCAGCAGCUCGGCUGAAGCCAGCACCAGCCUGUUCUUCAGAGAGCCAGAGACUCCCGUCAUACCAUCCAGGUUUGACGUUUUGGCAGAUUAUAAUUUCUCUAAGAUAAUAGUCGGGGUAGUCCACCAGUACCUGAGGAUCGUGAACCUGCUUCACACACACAGACAGCUGCUGCUGCAGGGAUACUACACCUACAUGAUGAAGCUGCGAGGUGAUUGCAGCGAGGCCUUACACAGUAUUUCAAUGAUCACCCUCCGACUACAGUCAUGUUUUAAUGCACAGCACAGGAUUCUCAAAAUAGCUCCGUAUUCCUUUGAGAACCACGUCUCAGCUGAUAGCAGUCAGAAGCUGCAGCUGGUCCAUGAGCGCCUCCCUUUGUACACCGCUGGUAUUAAAGACUGCCAGAUCCAGCUGGACCAUCUGCUGAUCGAGCAAGCCAAGCUAACAGAGACUCUGGCUGCAGACAAGAGCUGCCAGAAGAUGGAGAUGCUGCUGCAGAAGAUUGUAGCGAUUCAUCAGCAUUACCGAAAAGACCGGCUGAUCGGCAAGCUGGCCUACAACGAUGAGCAAAUACACAAGUUUGAGAAGUUCCACCUGUCGUCUCACAUAAAGCGAGUGAAAUCUCUCUUCAGAGAGGAAUGUGUUCAGAGGUAUAAAGAGCUGCUGGGCUCAACCAAGACGUGGAGCAGUGCUUUACAGGAGAUGGAGAACCGACUUCUGGCCUUCAGCUCUUUAUCGACAGGAUUGCUGACAGAUUUGGAAAUGAAUGAGCAGCAUUAUAAUAAGAUUAUAGACAACAUCCUUUCCACCCUGCCGUGUCAGAGAGAAGAACAGCAGCAAGGAAUCACGCCCAGAGAAAAGGACCAGAUGAUUUCCAGGAUGCACCAUCUGAGGGAGGAAAUGGAGCUGCUGGUGAGAGAACUACAGUGUAACAACACCGUCAUUGAAAGCCUCGGCGUGGUGAACUCCGCUGGACAGGAGGCGAGUCCAGCCCGACCUUCCACUUUGUGACAGAGAGGAUCAUCUCACAACAGACGACCUGCAUUUCCCUUCAGGGACUUGGGCGUAAUCGGUUUCAGAAUAUUAAUUGCAAUUAAAAAAA